CCUGCUGCACCUGGCGGGGUGGUGCAGCAAUGGCACGUCCAGGGAGCCGUUUGGAGUGAACCCGCACUUCCUGCCCACCUCCUCCCUCUACGACCCAGUAGCCGCCGCAGCCGCUGCCUCCACCCUCCUCCAGAGCACCAAUGCCAGUGCCAGUGCCAGUACCAGCGUUGGUGCCGAUGGUGGUGGUGGUCAUGCCGUACUGAAUCCCCAAGGCCUGCCAUAUGGAUUCGAGUACCCUGUGGACAGGUUGGAGGGCUACCCGCUGGUGUUUGACAUCAAUCUGGACCACCGAGGGGCGGAGAACCGCCUGCGGUACCUGGUGGACGGGCUCUACAUCGACAACGCCACUCGCAAGCUCGAAGUCUCCUUCAUCACCCACAACGGCGAGAGCAGCACGUUUGUCCUCACGAGCGUCACAGCAGAGGUGGACACGGGCGGGGGGCUCGUCACCUCCUUCUCCUCGCUCCCCGUCUCAACAACCCUCUACCCGCCCACCCUCACGUCCGUGUUCCUGCUGCUGCUGCAAGCGGUGUACGUGUUGGCGCUGCUGUGGAACGGGGUGGAGGAGGCGGUGGAGCUGCGGGGGCGCAUGAAGAGAGAGGGGUCCGUUCUCAGCUACUUCCGUUCCGGCUGGAACUGGAUCGACAUGACUUCUCUCCUCCUGCAGUGGCUCGCUCUCAUCACCUGGAUCGUGCUCUGGCGGGCCACAGAGGCCUUUGACAUGCAGCCGCGAUACGACAUCUACCACACGCUGCUGGAGAGGCCGCAGUACUGGGCCGUGCCGGACCCGCCGGUGGGGUUUUUGGCGGCCAUGGAUAGAUACUCGUCGCUGCAGGCGCUCAUCAACUGGCGCUCCUUCUACUUCGCCCUGCAGGGCGUCAACCUCUUCCUGCUCAUGGUGCGUCUGCUCAAGCUGAUGGACUUCCAGCCCUAUCUGGGCGUCAUCACGCGCUCCCUCGCCCUCGCCAUGCCAUCGCUGCUGCACUUCUUCCUGCUCACCUUCAUCGUCUUCUUCUGCUUCGCUCUCUACGGCUACCUCGUCUUCGGCGGCAAGAUGGAGCAGUUUGCGACGCUGCCGGAGGCGCUGUUCACGUGUUUCCUGAUAAUCCUCAACGAGAAUGCAACGGCCUACUUCUUUGCACAUAUGCACGGGUGGGACCUGGUGGCGGGCAUGCUUUUCUUCAUCGCCUUCAUUCUCCUCCUUGUCUUCAUCCUCUUCAACUUCCUCAUCGCCAUCAUCGUCGACUCUUUCAUGACCAUCAAGGACUCGCACGCGGUGGCGACAUCCAUAACGCACGACAUCGGCACCAUCCUGCGCUACCUCAUCAACCGCAGCCUGGGCCGCUUCUCCCCGUACAGCGACAUCAUGGGGCGGCUGGAGCAGCUGGGCGCGCGCAACAGGCAGCAGGACGAGGCGCACAAGCGCAUGCAGCGCUAUCAGUCCUUCAAGCGCCGCGCCAAGUCGUGCUUUGGUCGUGGGAAGGUUUGUGGGGGGAGUGCAGCGGAGGUGGAGCGAGCGAAGUCGAUGGCGGCGGGUGGGGGGGGAGUGGUGGCGCCGCAGAGGGUGCUGCAGGUGAAGGGGCAGAGCAUUGAUGACAUCUCCCUCGCCAUGAUCCUGCAGCGCCGCCACGCCCGGGAGGAUCCGUCAGCUUCGCUCCCCUCCCCUUCAUCCGCGGCGGUGCUGCAAAUCUCACCGGAGUCAGAGCAGCUGUCGCACGUGCUGCUGAGGCAGUUUGGCGACCAGGUGGUGCGGGACUACAGCAAGCCGCAGCACAAGCCCAAGCACGGGCUGCCACAGGUCCAGGAGGAGCUGGGGAAGGUGCGGGAAGCCAUGGACGAGCUUAAAGCCAUGGUGCUUGCGCUGCACUCCGCUGUCGCUGCGGGGGCAGGUGGAGCGGGGGUGGGGUUCGGAGGGGAGGGUAUGCUGCCUGCUGCUGCCGUUGGUGUGGUGGGUGCAGGUGGGAGUGCGGCCGGGGGAGCAGGGGGCCAUUACCCGUUGUUUUCCGCGUCGUCGUCGGCAGCAGCAGCGCUGGCGCGCUCUUCGUUCAGCACCACUUCCUCCUUCUCCACCGCCCAUGGCUGCUUCCUCUCCCCCAAUUCCCUCGGCACGCCCCUCGGCACGCCCCUCGGCACCUCCCCUGCCCGAGACCCCUUCUCUUCCCCUGCCGCCUCCUCCCUUGCUGCCUCCAGCCCCUUCAUUCGUAACCCAUUCGCUGCUGGUAACCCACUCGUUGCCAGCCACCCUCUCUCGGCCAACAACCCGUUUGCUGUGGGUAACCCGUUUGGCACAGGCAGUCCCCAGCACCGCUCGCUGGUGUUGCAGCGGGGGGCAGCGAGGAGGGCGGGGAGUGCAGGGCGGGCGGGGCUGAGGGGGAGCAUGGGUCCCAGCAACCUGGGGCGGGGGAACCAGGCAAGUAGACAGGGGAACGGGCUGGUGCUCUCUCGUGUGGAAACCACCCCUCUGCCCCACCGGCAGAGAUCAGACGGCGCUGCUUCAGUUCGUCAUGCCGGUUCCGGCGCCGAUUCCCAUGCUGAUGGCUCGCAACAGCCGACUGAUGAGAGUGCGGCUUUCGUUCAUGCCGAGACCAUGCCCAUGCCCCGAACCCGCACCUCUUCCUUCCCCUAUCCUGACCCCGAGCCUUGUGACGCACAGGCAGGUUCGGCGCAGGCUCCUGGGAGCAGUGAUGGUGAGAGCGCUGAUGGGGAUGGCAAGGGGAGUGCAAGCGGUGAGGACCAGAGUGAUGAGCUGUCGCCGCUGACGAAAGCCGCCCGGCGCGUAUCAUUCUCAGAGAUGGAGGAGGAGGGUGGGGGGAGGAUGAUGAAAAGAGGGGGAGAGUGCGGCCGUGGGAGGGGUGCAAGUGGAUAUGGUGCGAAUGGGUCAGUACGGAAGAGUGUGGGGUUCCACGAGGUGUGA